GAGCGAUGUAGUCCCUCGGCGCAGCGAUUUCCUCCUGUGCUGCCGCCGCAGCUUCUCGCCCCGGGCUCCGCCGCAGCAGUGCGGCGGGCGGCUCGCGCGGCCUCGCCGUUGCCGCCGCGCCCGCUCGGUCGUGCCCGGGGUACGAGGCGGGCCGCGGGGCGUGCCGACCACGCGGAUCGCUCCGCGGGGCGGGGCGGGGCGGGGCGGCGCGGUGGGGCCGGCCGCCAUUUUGGAACUUGUUCAUCAUGUUGGGCUCUGGAUUCAAAGCUGAACGCCUGCGAGUUAACCUACGCCUUGUCAUCAAUCGCCUCAAACUGCUGGAGAAAAAGAAAACUGAGCUGGCCCAGAAGGCAAGGAAGGAGAUUGCAGAUUAUCUGGCAGCUGGAAAAGAUGAGCGUGCCAGGAUUCGUGUGGAACAUAUCAUCCGUGAAGAUUACCUCGUGGAGGCCAUGGAGAUCCUGGAGCUGUACUGCGAUCUGCUGCUAGCCCGCUUUGGCUUGAUUCAGUCCAUGAAGGAGUUGGACUCUGGCCUGGCAGAAGCGGUCUCUACGCUGAUUUGGGCUGCACCACGACUCCAGUCAGAAGUGGCUGAGUUAAAGAUUGUUGCUGACCAGCUGUGUGCCAAAUACAGCAAGGAGUAUGGGAAGCUGUGCCGGACAAACCAGAUUGGAACAGUUAAUGACAGGCUGAUGCACAAACUGAGUGUGGAGGCACCACCCAAGAUUCUGGUGGAGAGAUACCUCAUUGAGAUUGCCAAGAACUACAAUGUGCCUUACGAGCCUGACUCGGUGGUGAUGGCUGAAGCCCCUACAGGUGUGGAAGCAGAUCUGAUUGAUGUGGGAUUCACAGAUGAUGUUAAGAAGGGUGGCCAUGGAGGGGGAGGAGGUGGUGGAUUUACUGCCCCACUGGUUGGUCUUGAUGGAUUAGUGCCUGUGCCAGUGCCGAUGCCUAUGCCCAUGCCAUCACCAAAUCCACCCUUCUCCUAUCCACCUCCAAAGGGACCGGAGAACUUCAGUGGCCUGCCGGUGGGGACCUACCAGCCUUUUACUAACAUUCAUCCACCACCGAUUCCAGCAAACCCACCAACAUAUGAAUCUAUUGAUGAGCCUAAUGCUGACAAGGAUGCUUCUUCUGCACUGGUGGCCGGGCCUGGACCCAAGUCAGAACCUUCUCCAAAACCAAGAGCUGGACCUCCUAAUACCAUUGAUAACUUUGUAUUGCCUGAAUUACCUUCCGUGCCGGACACACUGCCAACAGCAUCUGCUGGCACCAAUUCUUCUGCCUCUGAAGACAUUGACUUUGAUGAUCUUUCUCGGAGAUUUGAGGAGCUAAAGAAGAAAACAUAAGACUGAGUGGGCUAUAACUCCAGUGAGAAGGGCAGGAGCUGUGAUAGCUUCUUCUCUCUAAAACACUCCCCCCUGAAAUCGGUUUCCUAUAUUAACCUCAAAUGAACACACUCUUCUUUUUGAGCUCUCUUCCUGCUGUACUUAAACCAAAUGCUGCAGCUUUCCCAAUCGUUGCUCCAGGAGUUGAACUGUGGGGAGUCUUGUGAGACUGAAGCAGGGAACAGUUUGCACCAGUCUGGGUAGCUAUAGAGGAAACCCUUGCUUGACAUUCUGACUGCCAUUCCUGGCUGUCUGCAGCAGCUGUGCUGUCUUCCACAGAGACGGGUGAUGAAGGUUGAAA